GCGGCAAAGGCGUGGUGGCUGCUGACAGUGUGAGCUGGGAAAGAGGCUCCAUUUCUUGGAGGCUGCACGGAAUAGGCCCCUUUGAGGGGUGUGUUUCGCUUUCGGCUGGCAAGGCAUUUUGUGACGAAGUAAGUCAUGGAGUCCGAAGUGAAGUUCCACGAAGGACGACUGAGUUCAACAGAAAAGCCAGUGGAGAAACGGGAACAGGAACUUCCAAGGCGUAAGUGUAGACUUGAAAGAAGAGAGGAAGCUGCACCGUCUGCACAUGCCUCUCUGAAUCCAUGCAGUCUACUCCGGAAACUUUUUACAAUUCUGAUGAAACCAUUUUGGUCUUAUGGCGAAAGCGGGCCAGGUCGUUCCCGAAGAGAUGACGAGUCCCCGGGACGUCGCCCGCGAGCAGGCCUCGUCGACUGUGUUCUCACGGCCACGAGAGAAGACCCCAGGUGGUCUUUCUUCUGAGGCUGUCCAGGCUCUGCUGGGGAGAGGCUUCUCCGCGUCUGACACUUGUGGGGAAGAGGAAGGGACUGCGAGCAGAUCCGCUUUGCAGGCGGGGCACAGAGAUGCUGCCAGCAGCUUCGGUGGGACCUCCAGAGGGUCUCGUCUUUCGGAUCAACUAAAAGCCCAGCGUCACGAGCUAAGGAGCAAGAUUGGAGAGUUGGAACUGCGAGCGCAAGGACAAGAGCAAGAACCGAAAGGCCAAGUGAAUACAUGGGAAGAGCUGCAGCUCGAACUGGAGAAGGCGAAAAUGGAAUUGGACGAGAAAGAGAAGGUUUCGACGGAAAGGAGAGAAGCACUAGUGAGAAUGACAGCACAGUGCGCCCAGGCGUCCACCAAGUGUUCCCUGUCAGAAAACACGGUUGAUUCGGAGAUCCUUCACGGGACCGGGUGGCAGUUUGAAGGGGGCCCGGCAGAGGGCGCCGCGGGCCCGUUCGUCUCCACUACCGCCUUUGGGUUUUUUCCCACAGAUUGCCAAAGAGCAGCAAUUGUGGUCCACUGUGGUGUCCUGGAAGAAAAGCUGAAAAAACUGAGUGAAGAUUUGAGCUGUCAGCGACAGGAUGCCGACAGUGUCAGAUGUUCUCUGGAAGAGAAACUGAAGGUAAAAGAGAAGGCGUUUCAAGAGGUAAGGUGCAUGGAUCGACGUGGGUUUGUCGGAGGCGUCCCAGUGUCCUCAUUUGAAACGAGGAGCCGCGUGUCAUCAUUUGGGAAGUUCUCCUAG